CAUUAAUCAUAAUGAACUCACAGAGUUUAUCCAACAAAGAGAUAUUCCUCAAAUUCAUGGAACCUAGAUGCCAUCAGAAGGAGCUUAAGUUCUGUGAAGAGUGGGAUAGUCAUAAGGACAAGGUUGAAGAAGAGAUUCAAAAAUUGGUUGAGUUAGAGUUUUAUCAGAAAGCAUCAGAUAAUUUAAAAUAAUGCUAUUAAACUCAGAACGAGGAAAGAUACAAAGACCUUCUUCUACAGACAGCUACAGAACUUGAACGAUAAAAUAGUCGUUUUUAAAAAUAUGCAGGAAAGAUAUAAAACCGAGAAAUGUAACAAAACUGAUAAAAGUCAGUCAAAUUGCAGUAGACUUCAGAGAAGGCUUACCAAACUUCAUAAUCUUAUCAUUGAUGCUAAACCAAUAAAAAGGAAGAACUAUAAAAAGAAGGUUACCUACAAGGUUGGCUCGACAAGAAACUGAAAGUCUAUAUCUAGGCUCAACCUAUCCUCUUGAGCUUCUUCUAAAUAAAUCUAUAACAAGGAAAUUUCAAAUUAGCACUGCUAUCUCAGAAACUUCAAACGACCAUUCCCCGGUGUGAAAACCUAGAAGAAAGCUCAACAAAGAGUCUAUCUGUAAGAGCCCAGGAAGACUGCCUAACUUGAAACUGCAAUUUGAAAGGAGUCCUCCAAGUAAGGGGUUCAAAAGGUGUGUGCAAGACGUUGGAAGAAUUGUGUCUGUGAUAGAUGCUAUUGGAGUUGCCUCAAAGAACAGAGUUUCGAAGAUAUCAUUAAGGAAUUUUAAAAUAGGAAGCAAACGAAAUGAGUUUAAAAUCACACCAAACGAGGAGCAACGGAUUCAAUCAAGUUUAAAAGAAAGAAAAAUAAAGUCCAUCUCACCAGCAUGGAAAAGGCUCUCAAUACCACGAUAUAUCUCUCCUGAUGUAAAGAAGAUCCAAGCUCUGAAUGAUCAUUUGGAGGAGGAAGGGCUGCCUCAGAUUGAUCAGAAAAGGAGAGAAAUUAAAUGCUCAAAGCCUAAUAGAUCUAAGAUUAAUAAUUCAAGAACACGAUUAAUAUACCAAAACUCAGUGAAAUCUUUGAGGAGUCUACAAAUCAGUCCUAAAGCCACUAUUAAAUUUCAGAAGAAUAUUUGAAAACCAGCUGAAAAAUUUAGCAUGAGUAACUUAGACCUUCAAACACGAAUCACUCAAAAACUUCAUGGAAGAAAUAGCCCCAAUGAGAACUUUAGUGGAGCUAUUAAUAGAACUGUCGUGCUUCAGAAGCGGCCUGUAAUCGAAGGAGUUCAGAAAUUAUCCCCGAAAGAGAUUCUCUAGAUUUCAUUCAAAGUCUUACUACAGAUAUAUUAGGGAUGUUAUUCAA